AUGCUUUUCUUUUUAUAUAUUAUCUUGGCUAUUUCGACGAAGUGCGACGAGUUGAUUGCGCUGAAGAUGUACACUCCAGAAGAAAUGAUGGAGUGUGUUGACUCUCUACAAAUCACUAGUGCAAACAAAAUCAAGAUGUUGUCUGGCCUCAAACAUUUGUACACUGACAUCUAUGCUUACAAUGAUAUUUUAAAAAACCCACCACAACCAGCAUUCGAUUCCAAUUAUUACACAAAAGAUGAUAUAAUAGCUAGGAUAGACGCUUUGGACGUUACCGAUGGUCCUUUAUAUUCAUUUUACUAUGAAUUAAAACAAAUUAUUCGAGACGCUAAUGAUCUCCACCUUUCUGUAUCAUUAAACUCAGUGAACGCAAACAAAAACAAUUACUUUAUUGAUAACAUCUAUUACCUCCUUCCAUUCACUUUUGACAUCGACGAGAAUAAGACACUUCGAUUGCUCCCACAAGCAAAUUUGGUAGGAGACAUUGAAAAGCACAAAAACGAGUCUGUGGUGUCUAUCAAUGGACUUCCUCCAUUCGACGUGAUAAGAGCCUUUGGUGCCAAAAACGUCGCCAUGAAAGCGCCAAGUGCACGAUUUACUUACGCACUCACAUUAAUGCCCUUCGCUUCACUCAACAGAAACCCUCUCACCAAAGCUGAGUUCAGUCAAACUUUUACAAUCACGUACGAAAGUGGUGAUGUUGUGACUGUGCCUUAUUACUUCAAAUUUGUUCCACUGACUUCUCUCUCACAAAAGAGCCAAAUUAAACUUAGAAAUCUUGCUGUUGGCUCCAACUUUUCUCCAUUGAAGUAUGAAGAUAUCUUUCCACUCGACUUAUCAGAGAAGCCACUUAAAAAAGAUUAUACAAUUGAUGAAGAGUUCUCAUUUGAUUUUUCAGACACUACUAAGGACUAUCAGUGCAAAGUUUUUAAUGACAAAAAGAUCAACCUUUUGGUAUUGAAAAGCUUUUCAUUUAAUACAAUUGAAGAGUAUAUAUCAAUCUACAAUACACUCUCAAACUGCUCUUUGUUGUUUGACCAGAACAAAUAUCCAAUUUCCGUGAUACUUCCUCUUAAUGGGGGAGGGUAUAUUGAUCUGGGACUCAACAUCGAGAAAUUCUUAGCCCCUCACACUGAUGAAAAUGUUAUUACUACAGUCCGUUCAAGUGAAUUGUCUGCUAUUGAAACAAGAACAAGCACUGGAGCUGGUCUAGUCAAUCCGGCAGAUUGCACUAUUCGCUACAACUCUACAGACACAGAUAAUUCUGAUAAGGAUUUAGGGGAAUGGUUCAAUGAAUACCAAACAGUAGAUUAUGGAAAUGGAGCAUUACAUAACAGAACACAACCUUCGUAUAUGUUUGUGGAAGAGAUGGUUGAGAUGAAACUCGUCAAUAACCCACGAAAACCCCAUGAAAUUGUGAUAUUCACAGACUCUUUCUGUUACUCCACGUGUUCAUUCUUCACGAAAGGAUUGAAUGAAAGAGGAGAGGCGAUUAUAGUUGGAUAUGUUGGAGACCCCGAAGGAGAUAUUGAACAUUUUGAUGUUGGACAAUCGCCGUCGAGUGUUAUACAAGGGAAAGACAUUGCUGACGAAGAACAAAAAGCACUAUAUGACAUGGGAGUAUCGACUACAGUGACUUAUUUUGAGACGUACAAGUUCAAUUACGACUUAACUGAAACGGUUCCUCGUGAAUUUAUACCAAAUGAAAUUGAUGAAAGAGUUGAUAUCUAUGGGUAUUCAGAAGACAAGAUCGAUCUUUUCAUGGACAAAGCACUUGAAAUCGUCGAGAAGUAUAAAACUGAAUGCAACUCACGUAACAAAAGACUUGUGAAAGAAACUAGUGAAUGUGAUAGUAAAAUUACUAUUGAACACGCACACGGCGGAUACCUCUGUGGGGAUGACAAUAAAUGGACUCCUACAUGCGCAGCAUCAUACUGUGAUGAUGGAUAUAAGUUUGAUUAUAAGAACCAAAAAUGUAUUGAAGACGUCUGUCAUACAUUAAAAGAAGACGACGACACGUGGAUUUGGAUCACUAUAGGAGUUGUUGGUGGUGUUCUAUUUUUGGCUGUUGUUAUUGCAAUCAUUGUUGCAGUUGUGAUGUAUUUCAUGAAGAAGAAAAAGAAAUCAGAGUAUUCAGCUUUGUCUUAA